UGGCCUUCAGGCCAGUUCUCAGUCCACCACUGAAGGCAAGCCGGCGAAGCCAUGAGAGCCUUGGAUGGCUGUAAGAUAGGGUCCGAACAUCUGUGCCCAUACAUAUAUGGGGGGCUGGCACUUGGAGGGGUCCUGGUCCUGGUCGUCAUCAUUCUGUCCACGUGUUUGUGUUGGCUCCACCGGAGAGUGAGGAGGUUGGAGAGGAGCUGGGCCCGUCCCCCGGAGGAGCAGGAGCUCCACUACGCGUCUCUGCAGAAGCUGCCGGCCCCCAGCGGGCACGAGGGACCUGACCUCAGCGAGGGAGACGGGGAGGAUGCCAAGGAAGACACUAGAGCUGACUACGCCCGCAUCGCCAAGAAAAAACCCAGCUGAGCGCGCUCGGCUGCAGCGGGCGGGCGCAGCAGCCUGGCAGCUCCCGCAGUAAAGGCCGUGGUCUCCCACCUUGU